AUGGAAUAGCAAGAAGAUUUGUUUGAUUUAUUAGCUUCAUCAAAAGUGGUGGACUAAUCAAUAUACAAGGCGACAAUUGAAAUGUUGAGAAAAGAAAAUGUCUCAGAUUGUUUAAAAUAUCUUUAAGAUGAUGAAAAUCUCUAAUGUUUUUUAUAGUCUAUUUUAUAAGCAAUGGAUAUAACAAAUAUCGAUUAAGAAGAUGGAGUGAAAAUUUAAAUGAAGAUAAUGAUGGAUAUUUUGAAAUCACUUAAAGAUCAUGACUUUAAUCAUAAAAAUUAUUGUGAAGGCCUGUGUGAAGAAUAGAGAGAUAAACUAAUAAAAAAAGCAUCAAAAAAUAAUGAAAUAGGUUAAUUGUUAAAAUUUUUAGUUCUGCUCACAAGUAUUGAUGAAAGUUUUAUUUAAGGUGGGUCAAAUGCACUUUAUUUAUUAGUGCAAAUGAAGAAUGAUCUUAACAACCAAAGCUUCGAAGACAUCAGAAUAAAGAAUACUAGUUUGAUUGGUGCAAAUUUUGUUAGAUGUAACUUUAAUGGAUCUGAAUUCGAAAAUGUUGACAUAAGUGGAGUGAAUCUAAAUGGAGCUCUAAUUUAUUAUUUGUAAAAAAUCUGGCUGA